CACACUCUCAACACAGCGCGCGCGCACACACACACACACACACACUCUCUUGUAAACACUCAGCUCCACCUGCUGCGCUCAGCUCCCUCCGCCUCGGUUCAGCUCUUUUCUCGCCGGUUUGCUCCUCUAAUUGAAGAGGUGGUUGCUAAGAGAUGACAGUGGGUGACAUUGGUGAAAGCCUCAGAUGUACGGCAGUCUGAAGCCGGAGUUCUGCCGGAUCUGUCUGCUCCACGCCUCCGCCCGUACCCGGCUGGUCUGAGGAACGCACGCGCUCGCCGGGCGCCAUGGAAGCUUUCGGCAGUCCGUCCCUCAACGGCACGGCGGCCCGGACGGCACGGCAGAGUGCCGAGGCGUGCCGGUGGAAGAGGGACCACAAAGGUCAGGCGGGGGACUUGGAUCCGGACACCAUCCAGGAGAAAACCCACGAAUUCUUCCAGAUGUGCGACAUCGAGAGCAAGGGCUUCAUCACCCGACGUGACAUGCAGAGGCUGAAUGGGGAGAUUCCUCUCAGCGCGGACGAGUUGGAGAACGUGUUCGAUACCCUGGACUCGGAUGGCAAUGGGUACCUCACCCUGGACGAGUUCUCUUCAGGCUUCAGUGAGUUUUUGUUCGGACGGAGGGUGUCGGCAGUGGAAGGCCCAGUGCAGAAACUCCCGAGUCAGAGUCUGCCGGAGGUUCUGUAUCAGACGCAGUGGGAGGAGAGCCUGGCGAAAGGAGAGGAGGAUGAGGAGGAAAAGCACUUCAGCAUGCUCAUGGAGAGCCUGGGAGCCAACAGCGUCUUUGAAGACCGCGCCGAGGUGCACCGUCUGUGGGCCCAGCUGCGCCGCGACGAGCCGCACCUCCUGUCCAACUUCGAGGACUUCCUGGCCAGAGUGACGUCCCAGAUUAGAGAAGCCAACCGGGAGAAGAAGGAGAUGGAGAGCGCUCUGAAAAGGAAGGCGGCGACUCAUGACGACGAGAUCCAGCGCCUGUACGAGGAAAUGGAACAGCAAAUAAAAAAUGAAAAGGACCGGAUCGUGCUGCAGGAUUAUGAGCGAUAUCUAACUCGCAGUCAGGAUUUGGAGCUGCAGCUGUCCAGCAAGCAGAAGGAGCUGGAGCAGCUUUUCCAGAGACAGAAAUCGCUGGAGUUUCAGUGCCAGGAGCUUCACAGCGAACAGCAUGUGACCAAAGUGGAGAACGUGAAGCUGAAGCAGACAAAUGAGGAGCUGGCGCAGGAGCUGGAGCACACCAGCCAGGAGCUGCUCCUCGCCCAGGAGCAGCUCAGCCUACUGCAGGAGCAGUCCACACGGCUGCACGAGGACAAGGAGAUGGAAAUCUACCGGCUGACGGAGGGGCUGCAGCGAGAGCGAGCGUGCCUCCUGAAGCAGCUCGACCUGCUGAGAGAAAUGAACAAACACUUACGGGAUGAAAGGGACAUGAGCUACCAGAAACCCAAAAUCCCACCAAGUUUGAAGCAGAGACCUUUUAUUGGUGCUGUGAAGCUCUCAAACACGAGUAUCUUCAAAAGUGAGGAUGAGGAGGAGCUGAGCCCCGUCUUCGUGCGGCAGAGCCUCGCCAACGGCCCGUCGCAGCCGUCUCACUCGGCGGCGUCCAGAGGCCACCUCCAGAGGAUCAUCUCCAUCGAGGAGGACCACCUCCCCCACCUGCUCGGCGACUGCCACGCCCAGAGCCCCCUGCCGGAGUGUGACGAGAACGCUCACUCCAGAGGGAGCGAGGCGGAGAGCGAGACGCCAACGUCUCCCAGAGGUCAGCCCGUGGGCAAGGAGACCAGCAUCAAUGAGGAAAGCAGUCCGCCGGCUCCCGACCGCCUGUUCAAGAUCGUGCUGGUUGGGAACUCCAGUGUGGGAAAGACCUCCCUGCUGCGCCGCUUCUGUGACGACAGCUUCCACUCGGGCACCUCUGCCACUGUGGGUAUAGAUUACAGCGUAAAGACGAUAUCGGUGGACAACAGCCAGGUGGCGCUGCAGUUGUGGGAUACAGCUGGACAAGAAAGGUAUCGAAGCAUCACCAAGCAGUUCUUCCGUAAGGCUGACGGUGUGGCUGUGAUGUACGAUAUCACCGACGAGCAGAGCUUCACCGCUGUCAGACAGUGGCUGUCCAGUGUCAAAGAAGGUGCGGGAGACGACAUUCCCGUCAUGCUGCUGGGAAACAAAACCGACAAGGAGAUUGAAAGACAAGUUGAGAAGGAACUGGGCGAAAGACUAGCUAAGGACUGCCAGAUGACCUUCUAUGAAUGCAGUGCGCGCUCCGGACACAACGUGGUGGACUCCAUGCUACAUUUAGCCAGGAUCCUGAAAGAGCAAGAGGACCGAGAGAAGGAGAAGACAGUCCAGCUGGUCAACGGCUCGUCAGAGAAGAAGAAGUCCUGCUGCUAACACACACACACACACACUCGGGGUGUUACCGCACGGUGCCAGUGAGGACACAUUAUUCUGACUGUCAGCACAGCCGUUUCUCACUCCGUCUUUGAAUGUGAAGCACUUUGAGCACGCCACAAAAGGAAAGAAGGAAAAAAAAAAACCUUAUUGUCACAUUGCUGCACUACUUUAAUAAUGAUCUCCCAAGACACCCGUGA